CCCUGAACAGAAUGGAAGGGUAGAGAGAAAACACCAACACAUUCUUAAUGUGGCCAGAGCCUUAAAAUUUCAAUCUGGACUGCCUCUAGAGUAUUGGAGUGAGUGUGUUUUACAUGCUGUAUACUUAAUCAAUCGCACACCAACCCCAAUUCUACAAAACAGAUCACCAGUUGAAGUUCUUUUCCAGAAACCAGCUUCUUUGGCACAUUUGAGAGUGUUUGGUAGUUUGUGCUAUGCAUCUACCCUUGCUCAUGGGAGAACUAAAUUUGCCCCCAGAGCCAGACAGUGUGUUUUCUUGGGAUUUCCAGCAGGAAUCAAGGGUUAUAAGGUUAUGGAUAUCCAUACCAAACAGGUUUUUGUGUCAAGGGAUGUUAUUUUCUAUGAGAAAAUACUUCCUUUCCACUACCCUGAUGAAUCUGGUUCACCAGAUUCUACUACUUCUGUCUCUCCAUCUAUACCAGUUGCACCAUAACCUGCUCCUGGUUUACAUGUAUCCUCUCCUCAGUUUCAUCCAUCCAUGGAUGAAAGGGGGGAAGCUGAGUCUGAAGCUCUUGCUGAUGACCAGUCACCUGACAGUGUACCAAGUAUACCAACAAGUUCUCACAGCCAGCAUGAACACUAUGACUAUUUUGAUUCUGAUGAACAGGAGUUGGUACAACAAGCUGAUGUUGACUGUGAUAUUUUGGUAGAUCAAACAAUGGAGAACAGACCUCGAAGGAAGGCCACACUUCCAAGUAAGUACAAGGACUAUGAACUUGACCCAAACAUUACUUUUGGCACCUAUGGGAAAUCAAAUUCCUGUAGUAGACACCCUUUGUGCUUGAAUGUUGAUGGUUUGAGUCAUAAUGAUAGAUCCUUUGUACUGAAUAUUAUGAACCUAGUAGAGCCUAGGUCAUACUAUGAAGCAAUCAAAUCUGAUGUUUGGAAUAGGGCUGUAAACUCAGAGUUACAUGCCCUAGAGGAGAAUCAGACUUGGGAUGUUGUCCCAUUACCCCCAAAUGUUAAAGAGAUAGGGAACAAAUGGGUAUUUAAAUACAAAUUCAAGCCUGAUGGAUCAUUGGAAAGAGAAAAGGCCAGACUGGCAGCCAAGGGCUAUACACAAGUCUAUGGAAUAGACUUUCUGGACACAUACUCUCCAGUAGCUAAGAUAAACACAGUAAAAACCUUCCUAGCAGUUGCAAGUUUGAGGAAUUGGACUUUGGAACAGAUGGAUGUGUCAAAUGCAUUCUUACAUGGGGAAUUGGAUGAGGUGGUUUACAUGAAAAUCCCAUUAGGACUGAAAGUGAACUCAACAGGAAAUCAAAGGAUGACUUGCAGAUUGAAAAAGUCCCUAUAUGGCCUGAAACAAGCUUCCAGGCAAUGGUUUGCAAGGCUUACCAGUUUUCUACUGAAGUUGGGUUUCUCUCAGUCAAUGUCUGAUUACUCACUUUUUACCAAGUGGACGCAUGGAAGGAUAACAGUGAUACUGGUGUAUGUUGAUGACAUCUUAGUUGGAGGUGAUGCCCAGAAGGACAUAGAUCAAGUGAAGACAGCCUUAAGCAGAGAGUUCAAAUUGAAACUUCUAGGGCCAUUGAAAUAUUUUCUUGGACUAGAAGUGACCAGGGAUCAAAAUGGUUUGAAUGUGUGUCAAAGGAAAUAUUGUGUGGACUUAUUAAAGGAUACAGGUUAUUUGGAAGCAAAGGGAUGUAAGACUCCCAUUGAUACAAAGGUAAAGCUGAGUUCCAAGGGAACUUUGCUAAAGGAUGGUGAAGUUUAUAGAAGGCUGGUUGGUAGGCUUCAUUAUCUCACAAUUACAAGACCAGACAUUGUAUUUGCAGUACAACAACUCUGCCAAUACCAAAGGAAUCCUUGUGAGGAACAUAUGCAGGCUGCCUAUAGAGUCUUAAGGUACCUGAAGUCUUCACCAGAUCAGGGCAUUCAUUUCAGCAACACAGCAGAAGAGAAAAUAGUUGGUUUCAGUGAUUCACAUUGGGCAAGCUGCCCUGAUACCAAACGUUCCAUCACAGGAUAUUGCACAUUCCUUGGCUCUUCACUUCUUACAUGGAAGACCAAGAAACAAACGACAGUCUCAAGAUCUUCAUCUGAGGCUGAAUAUAGAGCCUUGGCACAUUUGGUUUGUGAAAUAGAGUGGUUGAAAAGACUGCUUGUUGAACUGACAGUGCAGGUACCACUUCCUAUCCUUGUAUAUUGUGACAACAGGUCAGCUAUUCACAUAGCAGAAAACCCUGUUUUCCAUGAAAGAACCAAGCACAUCGAGAUAGACAUCCAUGUUACAAGAGAUAGGAUUAAAGCUGGUUUAAUCAAGCUGCAGCAUGUUGGGACAGUGGAGCAGUUAGCAGACAUCUUUACUAAAGGUUUGGAUCGUUUCGGAAUGAGAGAAAUCAUGAGCAAGUUGGGGAUUACAGGUGCACCACCAACUUGAAGGGGGGUGACAAAGAAGAACAGCAGAGGAAAGCAAUCCUCACUGGAUUCGGAUUGAAGAGUAAUUGAAGACGGCGUCGUCACGAAGAAGAAAAGAAGUGUUGUGAAAUACGGUGUCGUAGAGAAGAAUGGAUGCUGAAGACUUUAAAUGAACGGCAGCGUUUUAGCUUUGUCUAGUUAGCCGUUAAUGUUACUGUUAGUUUAAAUCAAAGAACCAAUGAUGUAUGGACACGUGUUACAUUUCUGCUAAUUACAAAAGUGGCUAUAUAAGCCACAAAGAGCUCAGCUUACAACCGAGCUUCCCCUCCAAUUUUUCCAUACCCUACGUUUUUCACAGAUGGCGACGAUGUUAAGGACGACGGUGGUCUAUGUUGGCGAUGAUGAUAGCAUCGGCGACGAAGUACAGAUCGAGAUAAGGUUAGGUUACAUGUCGUUCUUUUGGGGUUUCAAAUUUAGCCUUUUUUUGUUCUAAUACAUGUUAUUUUGGAUUUUGGAUCGACGAGGGGAGAAGGAGAGACGAGACCGCCGCCGCCGUCGACCACAAAAACCCGACCCGAGAACCUCUAAUCAAACUAGAGAGGCUUCGAUCUAGGUAAGAUUCAGCUUGCAUGUUGAUUUUUUGGAUUUCUGUUUCAAAAAAGGAUUCUGAUUAGUUUUUUUUUUUGUUUGGGUUUUGAACGGAGGAGAAGAAAAGGGCCGCCAUCGGCGUCAACCAGUCCGAAGGACGACCAACGGUAGGCUCGGAUCUGUCUUUUGGUUUAUUAGAUUUAUUGAUUGUUCUUUUUGUGUCUGGGUAUUAAUAUUGUCCCCUUUUUUCGGUCGAGUGGAGGAAGGGGAAGGCUUUGGCGGCUGAGCUCCCCGACAGAAAGAGCUCCGCCAGUGAUGUUUUGACGACGGCGAUGGAAGGUGAGGGUUAUUAAUUUUUUAUUUUUGUUUUUCUUGGAUUACGGUAAGUACUGACUCUCAUAUUUUUGUUUCGGCAGGAUUUGAGAGGACAGAUUUGGGUAAGAAUCUCCUAAACUUGCUUAGUGUGAUUUGGGAAUAUGAGAAAAAAAAAAGGAUUAUUGUCGAGGGUUUUGUUUUGUCAUUGGUUUACUUAUCUGUAAUUUAGAAGAUAUGUUGUGUAUGUUUUUUUUUAUGUUUUUGGACUCAUAACUAUGCAGAUUAGUUUCAUAGAAAACCAAGUGGUUAAAAAAAGGCUAGCUACAUACUCAUCGCAACCACUACUUGUGAUGACUAAACUAUGAAUCAUUAAUAAUUUUGCUUGACUAUUGGCUAUGAAUCACUAAUGAUUUUGCCGUGGUUUUUAAAAUAUGAAAUUUACCGUGUUUGGGUGAUUUACGUUGGAUUUGAAAGUCGUUUUGCUUAUUUCAUGAACAUGAUGUAGAGCCUCAACUGGGUGCCAGGUCAUCAUAAACAUGAUGUAGAACCCCUUAGGGGGGCUAUAUAGCGACUAAGUCCCAAGAUGGGCUUGGUGACCCCCUAACGCGGUACCAAGCCGGUAGGGUGCAAUGUACUAACUUGAUAAGAUUGCAGAAUCUAAGUAUGGGGUACCAAGCCGGCAGGACUGGUUUGGUAGCAAGGGUAUCAAGUCGACAAGACCGGCUUGAUACCAAGAUGGCAAGUUGGUGCUAUGACAGUCUCUCUAAGACUAAGUGUGGAGACUUGAGGGGUAAAGGGGCCAAGUUCUCAUCCUGUCUAGAUGGGUAAUAUGUCCUAGCUAUCAAGACAAUUCGGCGAGGUUUCUAGUAAGAUGAGGAGUGUGGAGUCGUCAGGGAUAUCAAGGAUGUGAUCAAGACUUCAUCAUGGAGGCUAAGGCGAAGAGGCUCAACACCAACCCAACCCGACAUUGGGACCAUUAAAUACCCACCAGCCCCAAGAUGGGACAAGGGCCCCCAAGGCGACGAUUACCAAUUAGUCACUAAGGAGGCGACAAGGGGCCCCGAGGUGGUUUGGAGCAAGUGGCCAGCUAACAGUUACCAAGGCAGUUACACAUAGUGGCUAUAAAUAGGAGAAACGAAGAAGAAGUAAUUUUGUUAGCACUAUUCCCCUUUUUUUACGUGUAACUUUAGCUCUGUAGAACAAGUUAGCUCAUUCUCAUUCUUUCCCUUCUUUGUACCUUCUCCAUUCUCCAUUCUUUCGCCAUAUAAAUCAAAUAAAGAUCCUUAUAAGUG